CCAGCAACUCUUAUAUAUCACCCACACCAUGUUCCGCAUUCAAGCAGUCAGAGCUUCCCAAACCCUCGCCCAUACUGCACGAAGGACGUAUGCCACGGCCUACCCCCCUCCACCUUCCGGCCAACCCGCUCCUAAUCCCAAAAAAGCAAAUGAAUCAGACAACACACUCCUUUACACCGGGUUGGGCUUGGCCGCAGCCGCAGGCGCCUAUUUCUACUUUAAGAGUCCUGAAGAAGCCGACAGAAUCCAGUCGAUCCAGGACAAGGCAAAGAGAGACGAAGAAAGAGUACGAGUGACCUCCCGUGAGGCAUACGAUGCCGCGAAAGACCGUGCUCAAGACACAGUCGACAAAGGUCGUGCCAGGUUGGAGCAAGCAGAGGACAAGGCCAAGGGAACCUACGAUGCUGUCAAGGCUCGAGUAGAUGACAAGACCUUCCAAGCAGACCAAAACCGCCGUGGUCUCUUCGACAGAGCGGAGGAGCACAUCGAAUCCGCCAAGCGCUCUACGCGCGGCUCUCUCGACAGCGCGCGAAGCUCUACCGAGAACCUCUAUCGCGACGUUCGUAGCUCUACCGAGCGCAAAGCCCAAGAGCUCCGAGACGAUGCUGAUAGAAAGGGCUCUGAGUUCCGACGCGAAGCCGAUAGGAAAGGAGAGGAGGUGAAGGAAGGUUGGUUCAGUUGGCUGGGGUACGGAAAAGAGAAGGUUGCUGAAGGAGAGAAUGAGCUGAAGGAGGGCAGGGAUAAGUUUGAGUCUGAGGCUGAUAGGUUGAAGAGAGAGGGGGCAAGCAAGGUCGCAAGUGCUGCUGAUAACGUCCGACAGAGAGCGGAGAAGCAUACAUGAUCGUUGUAACUCGAAUAUUCAGGGACUUGUGUAACAUAUAUUGCUUCAGAUUUCCACGUGUUGUACCCGCAAAGUAAUACUUCCCCUCAUUUGUAC